CCCGCCGCCGCCGCCGUCCGGGGUGCGGCUGCGCACGCGUGCGCGCCGACCUGCAACUCAACUCUCCUUCUCUUCCUUGCAGCUUUCCCAUCGAGGACCGGAUAGCAGAAACCUACGAGACGAGCGUCCUUCACGCAAAACCCCCUUGAGCGGCAAGCAAGCAAGCUCUUUGCUUCAUCGUUGGGCCAUACGCUGCCACGCGCCGCCCAUCCCCGUCGUGUUGUCGUCGUCGUCAUCGUCGUCGAUUAUACUCGCCCGCUGGACCGAACACCCCCCCUUCUCUGAGGCGGUCCCAUCAUCGACCUCGUCAAGAUGGAUUUCCUCCAGCGCCUCGCCCGGUCCCUCGACCGCCCCCUCUUCCCGUGGAAGAGGCUCAUCCUCGGCUUCUCCAUCGGGCAGUACCUCUUCGAGACGGCCCUCACGCUGCGCCAGUACCGCGUGCUGCAGGCGACCAGCCCGCCCGCCGUGCUGGCCAAGGAGAUAUCCCAGGAGACGUUUGACAAGUCGCAGGCGUACGGGCGCGCCAAGGCCCGCUUCGAGAUGGUCUCGGGCCUCAUCGCCCAGCUGCAGAACCUGGCCUUCAUCCAGCUCGACGUGCUGCCCAAGCUCUGGGCCUGGACGGGCGACGCGCUCCUCCGCCUCGCGCCCGCUCGCUUCUCGGGCGAGAUCAGCCACUCCGUCGUCUUCGUCUUCGCCUUCAUCGUCCUCCAGCAGGCCCUCUCCCUGCCCACCCGCCUGUACCACACCUUCGUCCUCGAGGAGAGCUUCGGCUUCAACAAGCAGACGCCCCGCCUCUUCGUCGCCGACCUGCUCAAGACGCAGGCCCUGACCGCCGUCUUCAUGCCCCCCAUCCUCGCCGCCUUCCUCAAGAUCAUCCAGAAGACGGGCAGCCACUUCGUCUUCUACCUCUGGAUCUUCACCGCCGCCCUGCAAAUGUUCAUCACCACCGCCUACCCCGUCUUCAUCCAGCCCCUCUUCAACAAGCUCUCCCCCCUCGAGGCCGGCGAGCUCAAGACAAACGUCGAGGCCCUCGCCGCCGCCCACAAGUUCCCCCUCAAGGAGCUCUUCGUCAUCGACGGCAGCAAGCGCAGCGCCCACUCCAACGCCUACUUUUAUGGCCUGCCCUGGAAGAAGCACAUUGUCAUCUACGACACCCUCAUCGAGAAGACGGAGACGCAGGAGAUUAUCGCCAUCCUCGCCCACGAGCUGGGCCAUUGGAAGCUGGGCCACACGACGCGCCUCUUUGGCAUUUCUCAGGUUCACCUCCUCUACAUCUUCAGUCUCUUCUCCAUCUUCAUCAACAACGCCUCCCUCUACGCCGCCUUCGGCUUCACCCACACCCGCCCCAUCAUCAUCGGCUUCCUCCUCUUCUCCGACGCCCUCUCCCCCAUGGACUCGGUCAUCAAGCUCCUCCUCAACAUCCUCUCCCGCCGCUUCGAGUUCGAGGCCGACGAAUUCGCCAAGCGCCUCGGCUUCCGCGCCGAGCUCGCCGCCUCCCUCAUCAAGAUCCACGCCCAGAACCUCAGCACCAUGGACGCCGACUGGGUCUACGCCAGCUACCACUUCUCCCACCCCCACCUCUCCGAGCGCCUCAAGGCCCUCGACUGGAAGCCCCGCGAGGCCCUCACCUCGUCGGAAAAGGACAAGGACAAGGAUGGCGCCGCCGUCAAGGCCACCGGGCGCGACGAGCUGUGAUGACACCCCAGCGCCGCAAACUGCAUGCGAGCAAGGAAGAAGAGUUUUAGGGGUGUGACCUGGCCUGGCCUGCGACAGUAGAGGUGCGUGCCACUAAAAAAGAUGGCGGUGGGUGUAGUAAAAGACUGAGCAGCAUGCGGGCAGCUGCCAUUUGCCACGACAUAAGCCGGCGGCCCAUGCCAUGUAAAAAUAGACGUCAUGAGAAAGAAAAAAACGUUGCACAGAAUCAGUC